AUGGACGACACUGAAAUGGAGGCCUUCCUGGCCAAGAUCGACUCCGUGUCUGCGGCGGUGGAGAAGCUGACCAAGGGCGAGGAUGUCGACGUCGACGCUGUGCUGGACGAGGCCGACGGACUCAAGACCGUCUCGGACGCCACGGUCAUCAACCGCAGCUCAUCGCAGCAGCUCCAGCCCCAGGCUCAGGCACAGUCGGGAACAGAAAGUGUCGACGAUGUGCCAGUGCCGGCGGCCCUGGCUUCGAUUGCGGCAGAUGCGGAGGAGCGCGCCAAGAAACGCAAGGCCGCCACGGCCAAGGGCGCGGCGUGGAAAGAGCGCGGUAACGCCGCCUACCGUGAGGGCCGGCUCGAUGAUGCCCUCCAGGCCUAUGCCGAGGGUCUCAAGGCUGCGCCACAUUUGAUGGCGCUGCAUGCCAACCGUGCGCAGGUAUAUCUCGACAAGCGCGAGUUUGGUGCCGCAGAACACGAAGCCAACCUCGUUCUCCGCUACGCCGACAUGACCGUCCCCACGCUCGUAUCCAAGGCGCUCUACCGCAAGGCGCUAGCGCUCGAGGGCCAGGACCGGCUCCCCGCCGCCAUUCAGGCGCUUAAUACUGCUCUGGCUGGGACCACCGAUCUGGGACCGCUGGUCCAGACCGACAAGCUCGCGGCUCUCUGCGCCCGGCUCGUCAGUGAUCUUGCGUCGCAAGAGGCCGCCGACGCGGCUCUGACCUUGGUCAAAGACGCAGAUGACGACUCGCUCCUGGGCCAGGUGCGAGCCGGUGCGCACGCACUGCGGCACAUCGAUGCCUUUGCGCCGAGUGGCUCUGCGGCCGCGGCGGCCGCACUGGGGGCGCUGGGAGCGCUGGUGGCGGCCGCGCCAGGCAACGAGGCCGACACCGCACGUCUGGCACUGAUGUCACUCGAUGCUCUCGACGUGGUGGUGGGCUGGAUCAAGGCCGGUGUUGUCGCUGAGGCAGGCCUGGACUUUCUUGCUAUUGCUGCUGCAAGCCCGGACCCGGCGGCGGCCAUCAUCGGCGACUCUGCACUUAUCGAGGCUGUCAUGGGCGAGUCUCUGGGGCGUGCAGCGGACGCCCUGCUCGCCGUCAUUGUGGCGACCGACUCGGAGGCUACGGCAAAGGCGGUGGCUUCGACAUGUCUUUACCCGGCCUGCGGUGUGCCCGAGGCGUGGCUGGAAGCUCUGAGAUUGCACCCCGACGAGUCGCCGGGCCUUGUUGCAGCCAUCAAGGCCGUACUUGCACACGUUGCACGAGGCCGUGAGAUCAUCUGCCGCAGCAGCGAGCUCAUGCCUGGGGUGUGCCUCGCUGACGCGAGAGAACCAGAGCCGGCAGGCCAGGGCGCAGCGCAACGACUCGACCUCGCACUGGCCAUAUCGGCCAGCGUUGUGAGCCACGGCGUUGACGGCACAGAUACUCCCGCCAUGGUCAAUGCUGCAGUGGCUGGCGUGCAAGGAUCAGCAGCCGGGAGUGACGUCCACACCGCGUGUGUCGGAGUCUUGGCCAACCUGACUAAGACCGAUGCCGGGCUGGCGGCUUGCGAGCCACACUCGGACGAGCUCGUCUCGAGCCUGCUGCUGCCGACAUGGGAGCGAGCAAGGAGCCAGGGUGAGGCGCUUGAGAGCGAUGACGUGCUGGUUCUUGCAGGCCGCCUGGCGCGUGCGGCGUGGAUGGCGGCGGCCUUUCGGCCGUACCUUGGCGCGCUGGUUGCACAAUGGCGCGCAGCUGCUGCCGAGGGCAAGGAUUUCCGGAAUCAUCUGGUGCGGAUUCUUGUCGCACUUGCCGACGACAGCGCCGAAGAGAUGGUUGCUGCGGGCGCUACCGAGGUGGCACGGGCUGAGCUGCGUGCCACACUGACCGAGUUUAGAGCUACGCGAGAGGCUCCGAUCGAGGUGCUGACUGGAAACAUCCUGCUGCUGCUCGGCAAGCUACUGCGGGUGGCGGGGACCGUAGCCGAGAUGUCACCUCGUGACGCCGAGGCCCUGGUCUCGUGGAUAGACGAGUCGACUCGGUCACAGCUGCGCAAGAACGCGGCCAUUGCCGCUGCGCUCGCAGCCAAACACCCGCCGUUUCUGGCCCGGCUCCGGGAGAUAGGCGGGAUGCAGCGGCUGGCACAUGCAGCAGGCGACGGCAGCAGCUCGUAAAUGCAGCGCACAGG